CAUAACCCAAUAUGGUCUAUUGUGGGAAGCCCAGCAGAGCAUGCUUAGAUUGUCGAGUCAAGAGAAGAAAGUGCGAUUUAUCAAGACCCGCUUGUCGUCAGUGUGUCAAGGCCGGUUCCAGAUGUGAUGGAUACCGAGAUCAGGAUUCCCUUAUAAUACGAGAUCAAACAGCGGAGAUCAUGGGCAAAGUUCAACCUUUUCCCGACAAUAGCCCGUCUCUUGUUUCGCCCCAUGGCAACCAGGCAGUCCCGGUAAGAUCCGAACGAUCUCAACAGACAGUGGUCGAUCAGUCUAAGGGCCCACCGGUUUAUCAUCCUUGGUUGGGAAUUGUGGUGCCCCUCGAGCAUCAAGCUCUACAUUUCUAUUUCCAUCAUUAUGCUGCAAAUAGAUCUGGGCCGACUCCCAAUCACCCGGAUUGUCUCGCGAUAAUAUACGCGCGCGCGACAGGGCCCGGAUACUUGGCUCAUCUCAUCAAUGCGGUGGGAUUGGUAAGCCUCGCGUAUCAGAAGAAGGCGCCCGCUUUGUCUCAUGAGGCGAACCGGGCGUAUUCUUGGGCACUUCGUGAUAUACGUACGGCACUCACUGACCCUAUCGAAGCAGCCUCCGACCAGAUGUUGGUCGCCGUGAUGCUUCUAGUGUUAUAUGAAACAGUGAGUGGCGAUUCUGAGAACAGCCUGCGUUCGUGGGACAGACAUGUGGAUGGUGCCUUGACAUUGGUGCAGCUCCGUGGAGCCAGCCAGCUACGCAACAGGAUCGGUCGAAGCAUUUUUCUCAACUUGCGCACUGAAAUUCUCAUCAACUGUCUUCAACGCAGGUUGCGGGUUCCAAUUACAUUGAUCAAUUGGAUGAGUGAGGCUCGAAAUUUUGAAACCGCACAAGAGGCACCUGCUGGUAGCUUAGCAGACUUGAUUGUCAAUGCCUGCGCCGUUCUUGCAUCUGCCAAGGAUGAAGUCAUGGAUAAGGCGAAUUUAUCUCGCUAUAUUGCAACACUAUUGUCUAUUGAUAAAGAUCUGGAGCGCUGGACACAAGAUCUCCCAGUUCACUAUGAAUUUAAGACCUUAACACCCCCUGAUGAGACGGAAGAACUUUAUUUGGGACGAUGCGAUAUUUACUCUGGUGCUGAGAUGGUCUACACCUGGAAUUUGCAGCGCUGUGCACGUAUUAUACUUCGCCAGGCACUCGUGAGGGCGUUAUCCCUUCACUUCAGCUCACUAUCCCCACCGUCGGCGUCCUUUCCCUUAUCAUACAGGCACCUACUCCGUACUUCGGACGCUCUUAUACAGGAGACCUCCAGCGAAAUAUGCUACAGCCUUCCAUACAUCCUACAUAUCUAUGACAAGCCAGGUAAACCGGGCGAUUUGAGAGCUGCUUCCAUUUUACCAUUGUUAUGGCCGCUUUACAUUGCUGGAACAGCACAUACUGCGCCCGAUACUCUACGUGAAUGGGUUAUAGCACAGAUGCAAAAGAUUGAAGAGGUCACUGGAGUUCAACAAGCGAAGUUUGUGGCCCUGGAUUUAGAAAGGAGGUGCUUGUUCCCUCAUUUACUGUAGAAAUCAUCCACAACUAUUUAGGAUUCCCCCCUUUCGAACUAUCGCUUUAACACCUCGCUGAAUUGCGCUCUUCGCAUUACUGUGUAUGAAUAAUGUUUUGACUAUCUUUUUCUAUUGGAUAUACGAACCUCAAAUAUUGUAGAUAUUGGGCUCUCUUAAAAUAACCUAAAUGAGGGGUAGCCCCUAUCCUCC